UAUUAAAUAAAAUUUCAAUAAAAUGCGCUUUCCUUCAAAUAAAACAUUGGCUAAAUAUGCUGUCUAUAUUGGCAUAGCCGGCAUCUCGAGUGUCAUGUACAUGAGAUAUAAAAUCGAGGAGCGUAUACGUAAUACUGAUUAUUUCCGAACGGCGUUUAAGAUUCUGAGGCAACACAAAGGUGCUGUUAGCCUUUUGGGUGAACCCAUUAAAGAUAUGGGCUUUGACAUAGGCGAUUCCAAUAAUGCCUGUGAUGGUCAGACAGCCAACUUCGAAGUAUCCGUUAAAGGUUCCAAAGAAAGAGGUAAAAUGUUUUUCUCAGCGAUACGUAACGAUGAGGCCGGCUGGCUAAUAAAUCGUUUGGAAUUGGAGCUGAAAUCUCAGCCAGAUAAACGUUUUAUUAUACAAACAACACCAGGAACAGAAAACACUACCCCAGCUAAGCAAGAGUAA